ACAAGGAAUUAACAUGCACCACCAGCUCUCUAGUACUUGAUCACAGGCAAAACCAAGCACACUUCUUUGCCUGCUUAUUUAUUACUGAUCAGUUGUUAAGGCAAAAGCCAUGCAUGGAACUUCCAUCUCUUCUCCAUUCUCAAACCAAGUUCAUGUCUUCUUACACUGUAACUAGAGUUUCAAAGUCUCUGGUGACACCUUCAGAGCCAACACCAACAAAUGAAACUCUAACCUUAUCAGUCAUUGACCGUGUUCCUGGUCUCCGGCAUUGUGUUAGAUCCAUUCAUGCAUUCAAACAUGGACAAGAACCGGCCGAGGUCAUCAAGGAAGCUCUAUCAAAAGCUCUAGUUCAUUACUACCCUUUUGCAGGCAGGUUCAUUGAUCCUGUGUCACCGGCCACCGGUGAGGUCACGGUGGUGUGCUCCGGUGAGGGUGUCUACUUAAUGAAGGCUAAAGCUAAUUGUAGCUUGGAAGAUGUUAAGUAUCUUGACCUUCCUUUAAUGAUCCCUGAACAAGAACUCCUCCCUGAACCUCAUCCUGAUGUUCCAUAUCUUGACAUGCCACUCUUGAUGCAGGUGACUGAGUUCAACUGUGGAGGCUUUGCAGUGGGAAUUAUCUCCGUCCACAGCAUAGCCGAUGGCCUCGGCGUCGGCCAGUUCAUCGCGGCCAUCGGCGAGCUCGCUCGAGGCCUUAUCAACCCAACCAUCAAACCCUUCAACAACCGCAACAUCAUUCCAAACCCUCCUAAACUCCCACCUGGUCCUCCUCCUUCCCUCCAAAACCUCAACCUCAAAUACUCCACCUUCAUAAUCUCCCAAGAUUUCAUUAACAAUAUCAAAACAAAAUACUUAAACAAAACCGGCAACUACUGCUCCACGUUCGAUAUUUCCGUUGCUAAAGCUUGGCAAGCUCGCACACGUGCAAUCAAGCUCGAAAACAAUGCUAUUGUUCACCUGUGUUUCUUUGCAAACACACGCCCUUACUUGAAUCAAUUGGCACCUCCAGGUUUCUACGGUAACUGUUUUUAUCCGGUUAGUGUGAGUUCGACAAGUGUCGAGGUUGCUAGUAUGGAUUUGACUGACCUGGUUAAGCUUAUUAAAGAGGCCAAACUCAACCUUCCUAAAGAGUUUGCUAAAUGGGCACAUGGGGGGUUUAAACAUGACCCUUAUGAGCUAACAUUUGGUUACAAUAGGUUGUUUGUUUCCGAUUGGACUAAGUUGGGGUUUCAGGAAGUGGAUUAUGGAUGGGGAACUCCACUUCAUGUUGUUCCUUUUGCCUACAGUGAUUACAUGGCUGUGGCUAUCCUUGGCUUACCAGUGGUUCCGAAGAAGGGUUCCCAGGUGAUGACUCAGUGUGUUAACAAUGAUCACUUGGCUAAUUUCCAGAUGGAGAUGGCAAACCUAUGAAUUCUAUGUUGUUGAUAU